AUGCCAAAAAACCAAAUCAUAUUAAAAAACAUUAUACUUCUCCAAAUUCUUAAGAACCAAAAAGAAAAUGAAAAACCAGAAGCUCUUAAGCAAAUCCUAGUAAUGACACACAAAUUAUAUGACCCUGAAAUAUGCCAAAAAACCAAAUGUAAGAUCAAAAAAUUAGUAAUUGAAAGAGAAAA